ACCACCACGUGUGACCAGAGAUUUUUCAGUUCCAAUUCUUUAUUUUAUUUAACUUGUUUCCAAUAAAUAUAUAUAUAUAUAUAUAUAUGUCCCUCAAGUUAACUAUUACAAAGAAGAGCUUUAGAAACCAGAUCAUAUUUAGAUCUUUUUUGCUUUCUACUUUAUCUUAUUUUCUUAUUUUAAUUUGAAAAACUUCUCUUAUUUUCUUUUUGUUAUAUAUAAAAAAAAAAUAAAAAAAAUUGAACAUUAAGUUAUAGUACUCCUUUUCAUUUUCUUUCAACGUAAUGAAAGUAUAGUUAGAACCAACCGUCCUCAGUAGCAUAAAUAAACCAAACAAACUAGUUUCCGUAAACCUUAUAAAAAAAAAAAAAAAAAAAAAGGUUGAUGAAAUUAAGCUUUUCAAAAGAUUCAAAGACGACGAUGAUGAUAAGGAAGAAUCCGAAGAAGCUUGGUUUUGCCUUCAUUUUCUGGUUUGUUUGUUCAUGGAUGUUGAUGUUUAUGGACAUGGGCAUGGCACAAAACACGACGGUCCAAGUGAAAGUGGGUGUGCUUCUUAAACUUGACACUGUGAUGGGGAAGAUAUGGUUGAGCUGCACAGAGAUGGCCCUCUCGGACUUUUAUGCCUCUCAUGCUUCCUUCAAAACUAGACUGGUUUUCAAAACUCGGAAUUCCAAAGAAGACGAAGUCUCUGCAGCCGCCGCAGCUCUAGACCUUAUAAAAAUCGAAGAAGUUCAAGCAAUAAUAGGGCCACAAUCAUCAAUGCAAGCCAGCUUCAUCAUCGAGUUAGGAGAAAAAGCUAAUGUUCCAAUUAUCACAUUUUCUGCUACAAGCCCUUACCUGACUUCUCUUCGAAGUCCUUACUUUUUCCAAAUCGCACAAAACGACUCAACUCAAGUGAAAGCCAUUAGUGACCUUGUCCAAGCUUUUGGCUGGAGAGAAGUUGUGCCAAUCUACGUUGACAACGACUACGGCCAGGGACUCAUUCCAUACUUGACUGAUGCUUUUCAAGAAAUCGGUACUCGUGUCCCUUACCGGAGUGUCAUUGCUCCGUUAGCCACCGACCAUCAAAUCGAGACGGAGCUUCUCCGGUUGAUGACCAUGCAAACUAGAGUUUUCAUUGUGCACAUGUGGUACGAUCUCGGCCCUCGAGUUUUUGCCCAGGCAAAAAAGAUUGGAAUGAUGGACGAAGGCUACGUUUGGAUCAUAACGCGUGGCUUUACUGAUUUACUAGGCUCGUUGAAUUCCUCGGUUAUGGAUUCAAUGCAAGGUGUAUUGGGUUUUAAUACCUAUGUGCCAAACACAGAUGGGCUAACAAAUUUUAGAGUUCGCUGGAAGAGGCAAUUCCAACAAGACAAUCCCCGCAUUCUAGAUCCGCAAUUGAAUGUUAUGGGGCUUUGGGCUUAUGAUGCUGUCUUUGCCUUAGCCAUGGCAGUUGAGAAAGUUGGGACAACACAAACCUUUGGCUUCAAUAAUACAAUUAAUGGUUCUUCUGUCAGCUCCACGGACCUUGACACUUUUGGGGUCUCCCAAAAUGGUCCUCAACUAAGGGAUGCAUUGGAAACUACAAGAUUCAAAGGCAUGGCAGGAGAUUUUGUCCUUGUGAAUCGCCAACUAAAGUCAUCCACUUUUCAGAUUGUCAACGUAAUUGGUGAAUCGGGAAGAACAAUUGGAUUUUGGACACCCGGAAACGGACUUACAAGAACAUUGUUAUUGGAUCAGAAUAACAACAGCGGAGAAUCAAGUCCUUCAAAUCAUAAUAAAUCCAAUCUAGGAUCAAUCAUAUGGCCAGGUGAUCCAGGCGCUAUUCCCAAGGGAUGGGAUAUUCCUACAAAUGGGAAAAAGUUGAGAAUUGGUGUUCCAAAGAAGGACGGCUUUACUGAGUUUGUUAAGGUGACGCGUGAUGUUACCACUAACACAACCAACGUGGAAGGCUACUGUAUUGACGUUUUCAAAGCUGCAGUUGAAAAAUUACCAUAUGCUCUUCCUUACGAACUAAUUCCCUUUGUCAAACCUGACGGCAACAGUUCUGGAGAUUUCAAUGAUUUGGUCUAUCAAGUAUAUCUCGGGAAUUAUGAUGCUGUGGUAGGAGACACAACGAUCAGAGGAAACAGAUCCCAGUACGUUGACUUCACAUUGCCGUACACAGAAUCGGGAGUGGUAAUGGUGGUGCCAAUGAAAGACCAGGGGGGCAAAAAGGCUUGGGUUUUCUUGAAGCCGUUGACGUGGGACCUUUGGGUUACCAGUACUUGUUUCUUCAUCUUCAUCGGUUUUGUUGUCUGGGUUCUUGAACACAGAAUUAAUGAAGACUUUCGUGGACCUCCCUCGCAUCAAGUCGGCACCAGCUUCUGGUUCUCCUUCUCAACCUUGGUUUUCGCACAGAGGGAGAGAGUGGUGAGCAACUUGGCGAGGUUUGUGGUGAUAAUAUGGGUGUUUGUGGUGCUAAUACUGACACAAAGUUAUACGGCCAGUCUAACUUCACUUUUGACAGUCCAGAAACUCCAGCCAACUGUUACUGAUGUAAACACCCUCCGAAAGAAUGACGUUCCAGUUGGCUACCUCAACGUUUCUUUUGUGUAUGGACUCCUGAAAUCCAAUGGUUUCAAUGAGUCCAAUGGUUUCAAUGAGUCCAAACUAAAAGCUUUUAAUACUGCCGAAGAAUUGGACCAACUUUUGUCCAUUGGGGCUGAAAAUGGUGGGAUUGCCGCGGCUAUUGAUGAAACCCCCAAUAUGAAGCUUUUCCUUGCAAAAUACUGCUCCAAAUAUACCAUGAUUGGCCCAAUUUUCAGAACUGAUGGCUUUGGUUUUGCAUUCCCCAGAGGUUCCCCUCUUGUAAGUGAUAUAUCAAGGGCCAUUCUUAACGUGACCGAAGGAGACGAAAUGAAGAGGAUUGAAAGCAAAUGGUUCAAUAGUGACAAUAAUAAGGAUAGCAAUAAUUGUCCAGCAGAUUCCAACCCCAGUGUUACUUCCAGCAGUCUCAGUCUUGAUAGCUUUUGGGGCCUUUUUCUAAUCGCUGGUGUUGCUUCCUUAUCAGCUCUCAUCAUAUUUGCAAUCUUGUUCUUUUACGAGCACAAACACAUGGUUUUUCACUCUGAUUCAGAGACGUCCAUAUGGACAAGAAUUUGGGCCAUGUUCAGAGCCUUCGAUCAAAAGGAUCUGAGCUCUCAUACUUUCAAAAAGAGUGAAGGAAGCGAUGAUACUACUAGUAAUGUUCAUGAUACUGUCCCAGUUAUGGGCUCGCCAACUGGCAAUUACUUCCCUCCAAGCCCAUCCAUUUAUUCAAACUGCUCUGAGUCUGGUUCAAGAUCACCAUUCUCCAAACAUGACCGAGCAGGAACACCUUCUGCGACUCCUCGAGCUUCUCCAGAAUUAGUGGAACCAGUUGUACCAACUAUUCAGCUUUCAAUACCAAAUCAACAGAAUAACCCUUGAAAGAACAGUGGCAGAAACUAAAUAUGUAUAGGCUAAUUAAUUACGAUCAUAGGUAGCUGAAAGUUGAAUUUGUGUAGUAAAAUCUUUACAGAGGAAAAUAACAAACACUGUACAUAUAAAACUUUCCAGUGAGUAUUCAACCCCUGUUAAGAAAAGAAAAGGAAAAAAAAAAAAAAAAAAAAAAGAAAAAAGAAAA